GUGACAAGUGACGAAUUCCGUUCUUUUGUUAAAAUUUUGUUAAAAUAUUUUUAAAGACUUUAAAAUGAUGCAAGAACAAAGUCCCGAGCUGUACGAGGAGGUAAAGCUUCAUCGCAAUGCCCGCGAGCGGGAGAGGUACGACAACAUGGCGGAUUUGUACGCCAUCAUAAACACAAUCCAGCAGCUGGAGAAGGCCUACAUUCGGGACUGCAUUACGCCGCAGGAGUACACUGCUGCGUGCUCCAAGUACUUGGUCCAGUACAAGGUGGCCUUCAAGCAGGUGCAGAGCGACGAGUUCCCCACAGUGGAGACGUUUGUCAAAAAGUUUCGCCUGGACUGUCCAGCAGCACUGGAGCGCAUUCGGGAGGAUCGCCCCAUCACCAUACGCGACGACAAGGGAAACACUUCCAAGUGCAUAGCCGAGAUUGUCUCUCUGUUCAUUACGAUUAUGGACAAGUUGCGUCUCCAGAUCAAUACAAUGGACGCCCUGCAGCCGGACGUGAAGGACCUAGCCGACAACAUGAACCGCCUGUCCCUUAUUCCCGAGGACUUUGAUGCCAAACAAAAGGUUGACAAGUGGCUGGGAAGCUUGAACGAAAUGCAGGCAUCGGAUGAGCUGACUGAGGGCCAAGUGCGUCAGUUCCUCUUCGACUUGGAGUCGGCCUAUGCAGACUUUAACAAACUGUUGCACAGCCAGUAAUGUAAUUAGCAGAUGUCGUUUCUUAGUCUCCAAGUGUAAUUUAAAAUAGGUUAUUAUAUUCCGCAUUAAAACUUUUAAUAUAUAUAUAUAUUCGUGUAUAAAA